AUGGCUGCAGAUGGACAGAAUGAAGACGACCUGAAGGCCGAGACCGGAGGAAUGGCACGGUCGGCCAAAAAGGUCAAGGAGAAAAACGCGGAUCAAGUUGAGAAGGGAAAUGACGAAGUCAGUCAAAAGGUCACCGAAGGAGGUGGCGCCGUCAGCAGCGAUAUGCUGAUUGACGAAGAAAAGGUCAAACAGGAUGACCUUUCGGAUAACUCACUGUUCCUACAAGAACAGCUGGAAGAGAAUGGUACCACUCCCGUGUCGAGCGAAAAGGUCUACACUGACGAUGAAGAUGAAACGACGAUACGGACGUCUUUCCAUACGGCAAUGAAAGAGGCCAACUUAACGAAAGGGAUGUUUGAAACGACCUUCCAGGACAAACUAGAAGAGACCUUCGAAGGAACGGCGUCAGAAAGAGCCGACGACCGGGAACAAAGGUCACCAUCACCAAAAACGUCUGUAAUGAGCGGAUUAAAGCAGCGUGUCAAGGAACUAGAACAACUCCUCGAUGAAAAGGAAGCGCAAGCUUUCGCUGCGAUCCGGGACCAACGCAAUAAAACCUUUGAAGUCGAAGCCAGAUUGAGCGUGAUGGAACAAGAAAAGGUCACGUUCGAGGACGAAGCGCAACCAUGGAAAGUCAGAUUUGAAGGUCAGAAAAAAGCUGCGGAAGAUCUUAGGAAAAUGGUCGAAGAUCGAGACGCGGAAGGUAUACUCACCGCAGAAGACUACGGUCUGUCCGAGGAAGCAGCCGAAAGGUCACGGGAGAUAGCGGAAUUGAAAAAAGAGCGUGACCUUUUACAGUUAAAGGUCAAAGAAGCGGAGAAGAAGCGUGACGAAUCCCUGUCAAAUGCGACAAAGUUCACAGGAAAGGUAGCUAGUCUGACAGCGGACAUCUCAAAACUGAAGGAUGACCUCAAAUCACGCGAGGAAAAUAUCAAAACACUUCAAAUGGAUUUGCAAGACAAGACAAAGAAACAACACAAAGCAGAGAGCCAGAGAGAUCAAGCAGCGAAGGAACUGCUUGAACUGGCUGAAAAAACAAAAACUGAAUUUAAGCGACUCAAUGAUGAAGCUGAGAACCAAAAGAAAGAAGCAAAGAAGUGGCUGAAAGAAGCACAACGGUGUGACGAACGGGUCACUGUGCUAGAGGUCGCAUAUAAAGAAGGGCAAAAGGAAAACGAGAAACAAAAAGCAGAGAUCACAAAACUCAGCGAUGAACUCGUAGAAUUGGCCACUAUAGUUAUGGAAAAGGAUGAUAAAAUCAAGGAGCUUGAAACAGUCAAAGAGGAGUGCGAAGCGAGAGGAAGGACCCUCGCGCACAGAGCGGAUCGUAUCACAUGCCUGGAAGCAGAAGCUGAGAUCCUAAAUGCAGCGAAAAUGGAUCUCGAUAAGACCCUUGAUAACCGGGCAAGCACAAUCCUCGAACAGAUGAGAAUGGUCACCGAAGCAAACAAGGAUUAUGAGAAGUUGAGAAAAGACGCUAAUGAAUUCCUGAAAGAAUUCCGACAGAUCGAAUCACAGAAUAAGACGCUUCAAGAGGAAAUUAAAGCGCUUAAAAAUUCAGCAAAGGCAAAAGAAGAAGAAAUGACUCAACGGAGCCCUAAGGGACCGAAACGGAUAGAGUCGCCGCCACCGGGAUACGGUGAAGUUCACACCGUCGAAGGCAGCUUCCACUUCCAAGCUCCCUUAAAGACAGGGACCGGCCGAAGUGACGGCCAGGACGAAGGAAAGGUCAAAGCUGAAAAGGUCAUCGACAAUACUGAUUUGGCGAAGGGGCACUCAGGAGGGAUCGGCGGAAUCAAUCCUCGACAACAAGAACAAACACCGAAUGAAACUAUCGUCUAUAAGUCAGACCACCAGCCGGAUAAUCGUGAAGAUCCACGAGUUCGCCAAAACGAGCAGGAAAAGGUAGCUCGUGAAGAGGAGAGGCGAGAAAGAGAAUACCGCGCGGAAUACCACGCUGAAGCACAGCGACUCCGUCGCGAAGAACGGGAAUUCAGAGGGAUCAUGAGAGCCAUGUCCCGGAAAUCCGCGCUGAUUGACUAUAACGGCAACCGAGAAGCUUUACUUGGUUGGAUCCGUCAGGUCAAGGAGACUCAGAAGGCGUAUGACCUUUCGAAUGCAGCUAUGAUGCUGGAAGUCGCCAACGCAGUCAAAGGGGACGCGAAGGCAUGA